GAGGCACCUAAUGCACUUCGGUUGAGGCCUCCUCCAUUCCUCUGGUGUCCCAAUGAAGACAAAUGGUUCUGCAAUUACUGAACCUUCGGGUGGAACUGAAACUAUAUGAAUCACCUUCACCUAUUUGUCUGCUACGCUCACAUUCCAGCGCAGUGAGCACUCUCUCCAUUUCGACGGACAACGAAAGAAUCUACUCCGGAGAUACUGUAGGACAAGUUAUCGUCAUUUCCACGCGCUCAUUGCGACCACUCGCAUCAUGGAAAGCACACACCGACUCCCUGCUGGGCAUCGAAGAAUGGGGUUCUCAAAUCAUAACACACGGGAGGGAUAAUAAACUUCAUAGUGGACCUGCGACUUUGUCAGAUCUCUCAACACCCACAACAUGUUAUUCUAUGGAUGUCAACACUCUUAACUACUGCAGGUUCUCUCUCCUUGUCCUAGCAGGGGCGAGCACCCAGGAAGGUCUACUCGCCGCUCCGAACCUCGUGGAAUCAGCUCUUGCAGAUAUCUGGUCACUUCCAUCGUGUCAAAGGCUCCAUGCUGCUAUAGGUGAUCCACUAGACACCUCCGCAACAGCCUUUUCGGAUGGCAGGUCAGGCAGCAAAUCCAGGAUCAUCAUGUCAAUGCAUCUUUUUUACUCUGCGUUGUCUGCACCUUCGUCCUCUAUCGUUGUCCUGCGAAAGCGGACUGCACACGAGACCAAACAGACUGUCGAGGGCCGUGGAUGGGAAGUCGUGUGGAAAUCCAAACUUCAUGUAGAAUCAGUGAUGGCUAUGGCAGUUUCUUCAGACUGCACUCUUGCUUUGACCGUUUCGGCGGACUAUUUAAAGACCCAGGAGGCGUCAGAAUCCACUCCCGCAGGAACUGCAUUCAAGAUCAAACAUCCAGGAAAUGGUGCUGUUGCCAUACGGAGCGACGGGAGAGUAUGCGCGAUUGGGGGAUGGGACGGCAAAGUGCAGUUAUAUUCAACAAAGACAUUAAAGUUGCUGGGAACCCUCGUAUGUCAGACGGUUACGUUCGCCUCUCACAUUGACCGCGUACCUCUUGGUGGAGACUUGAAGGAGGGUGACUCCUGUAGUGAUGAGGAUGAAAUUACCGUCGAGGAAAAGCAUGCCCGUGGUCGGUGGUUGAUUGCUGGUAGUACAAACGCGAAGGUGUCGAUCUGGGCGCUGAUGGACUUCGAGAAGACAAGCACAUCAGUUGAACCGAUGCCCAUGGUAAAAUGA